AUGGCAUUAAAAAGAAUUUAAAAAGAACUGUAAGAUUUAAGUAGAGAACCACCUAGUAAUUGUUCAGCUGGUCCAGUAGAAGGUUAAAAAGAUGCAUUUUAGUGGUAAGCUACUAUAAUGGGUCCAGAAGAUUCCCCUUAUUCUGGCGGUGUAUUCUUUUUGAGUAUUCACUUUCCUACUGAUUAUCCUUUUAAACCUCCAAAAGUUACGUUCACAACAAGAAUAUAUCAUCCAAAUAUAAAUUAAAAUGGCUCCAUAUGCCUUGACAUACUUAAAGAUCAAUGGUCUCCUGCAUUAACAAUUUCAAAAGUACUAUUAUCAAUCAGUUCUUUAUUAAACGAUCCUAAUCCUGAUGAUCCUUUAGUUCCAGAAAUAGCCUAAUUAUAUAAAACUGAUAAAUAGAGAUAUGAAGCUAAUGCAAGAGAAUGGACAAGAAAAUAUGCUAUGUGAAUGAAAAUAUUUUUAAAUAGAUAUAUUUAUAUGAAUAUAUAAAUAAGUGA